UCCCACUGCACUCCAGCCUGGCAACAGUAUUGCCCCCAUUGAGAAAACAUGCGGUAGAUGACAUCACUACUCAACUCAUACUCUGUAAGCACACCCACAAACAAAACUCUGGCCCAAGGUGCAGGAAGGCAUCUGUUAUUGUCAUCUUUCUAAUAAUGGAUGAAUAGGAAGAGAUGGCUGAUGGGCAACACACGUUGUGCAGGCCAGCUCCCACUUAGGCUUGAUGAUCUUUAAAACAUCUUAUAGGGCCAUGGCUGGAAUUUUCAUAUUGGAUCAAUUUAUUCAGAAAAACUAAACUGGAAAUAAAGAAAGUAAUAAAUUUCAGAUAUCUGUGGUUGAUAUGUGCUAAAAUGUAUGGCAUAUAUGACUGUAUACAUGACUGGGAAAAAGGAUUUGAUACUUCAUAUUUUUGAAUAAAGCAAGCUGCUGGAAAUAUCUUUAUCUUUGGGUUUUGUCAUUCUAAGUAAAUAUGAAAAGAGGAGAUAUAUUUAAAAGACUGUUUGCAUGCAACCUCCUCUGGUUACAGCUUCCUUGAAGCUGAUAUCUCACUACCAUGUUUUCAGGGGUGACGACAGGUACAGGAUACAGCCUGGCCCAGUUGAAUGAUGCCUUACAUUUGAUCAUUUUGGAGCAACCGAAGGAGAAGACUAAGACCCAUCAAACUCUUCUGAAGCAUCUGAGGACACUUGCAAGAGCCCAGAUUAUGAAUAUGGCCACUUUAGGAGGACAUAUGGUGCGUCGGCCUAAUUUUUCUGACCUAAACCCCAUUUUAGCAGCAGGAAAUGCUACCAUCAAUCUGAUAUCUAAAGAAGGACAACAGCAGAUUCCUUUAAAUGGCUCUUUUCUUGAGAGAUCACCUGAGGCCAACUUGAAAUCAGAAGAGAUUAUGCCGUGUGUUUAUAUUCCCUAUUCUACUCAGUGACACUUUGUGUUUGGACUCUGCGUGGCCCAGCGUCAAGAGAAUGCAUUUGCUAUUGUCAAUGCUGGGAUAAGCAUGAAGUUUGAAGAUGGCACAAACACAAUCAAGGAAUUUCAAAUGUUCUAUGGAAGCUUGAGCCCCGCCAUUGUCUCUGCAAGCCAAACCUGCAAGCAGCUCAUCGGGAGGCAAUGGGAUGACCAAAUGUUGAGUGAUGCCUGCCAGUGGGUCCUGGAUGAGAUCUACAUCCCACCAGCAGCUGAGGGUGGCAUGAUGGAGUACAGGCGAACCCUCAUCAUCAGCACCCUCUUCAAGUUCUACCUGAAAGUGAGGUGAGGACUGAAUCAAAUGGAUCCCCGUAAGUUUCCCAACAUCCCAGAAAAGUUCAUGAGUGCUCUAGAAGACUUCCCCAUAGAAUCACCCCAAGGAAUUCAGAUGUUUCAGUGUGUGGAUCACUACCAACCCCCACAAGAUCCAGCUGGACACCCAGUCAUGUACCAGUCGGCCAUUAAACACACCACAGGGGAAGCUAUAUACAUUGAUGACAUGCUAUGCAUUGACCAAGAACUCUUUCUGGCUGCAAUCACCAGCAUCAGAGCUCAUACAAAGAUCACAUCAAUUGAUAUCUCAGAAGCCCUGGCACUUCCAGGUGGUGUUGAUGUGAUAACAGCAGAGAAUGUUCCAGGAGAUAAUAAGUAUCAAGGAGAGGUUUUCUGUGCACAGAAUGAGGUAAUUUGCAUGGGCCAGAUCGUCAGCAUUGUGGCCGAUGAUACCUAUGCUCAUGCAAGAGAGGCUGCUAAGAAAGUGAAGAUUGCUUAUGAAGACAUAGAGCCAAGGAUUAUCACAAUAGAGCAAACCCUAGAGCACAAUUCAUUUCUUGUUGUUGAGAAAAAAAUUGAGCAAGGAAAUGUAGAGCAAGACUUUAAAUAUGUCGCCCAAAUCAUUGAAGAUGAGGUCCAUGUGGAAGGACAGGAACAUUUUAACAUGGAAACAUUAUCUAUCCUGGCUCUCCCAAAAGAAGAAGAUAAAGAAAUGGCGUUACACCUUAGAACACAGUAUCCAAACUACAUGCAGGAAUGUGUGACUACAGCACUGAACAUCCCGAAGAGUAGAAUCGCCUUCCACAUGAAAAGAGCCAGAGGAGCGUUUGGAGGGAACGUGACCAAGCCGGCUCUGCUAGGAGCUGUCAGUGAUGUGGCCGCCAACAAAACUGGCCAUCCAAUCCGGUUUAUCCUAGAUUGUGGUGAUGACAUGCUGAUAACUGCUGGCUGCCACCCACUCCUCGGAAAAUACAAAAUUUGAUUCAUGAACAAUGAUGUAAUGAAAGCUGCUGAUGUCAAAUAUUACGUCAAUGUUGGGUACACUCCUGAUGAGUCCGAGAGGAUGGUAGAGUUCAUUGUGCUGAAAUCUGAAAAUGCAUACCAUAUUCCUAAUUUCCAAUGCUGGGGUAGGGCUUGCAAAACAAAUUUGCCAUCCAACACAGCCUUUUGAGGAUUUGGCUUUCCUGAGGGUAUGGCGGUAGUCGAAGCCUACAUAACUGCUGUGGCAUCUCAAUGCAACUUACCCUCUGAAGAGGUUAGAGAAAUAAACAUGUAUAAGAGAAUUAGCAUAACAGCCUUUAAGCAGACAUUUAAUCCAAAGCCCUUGCGAAGACGCUGGAAAGAAUGCCUGGAGAAACCUUCGUUCUAUGCUAGGAGACUGGCUGCAGAGGAAUUUAACAAAAAGAAUUACUGGAAGAAGAAGGGGCUUGCCAUAGACCCUGUGAAAUAUUCCAUUGGGAUUCCUAUAGCUCACAAAACUCAGGUGGCUGCUCUAGUUUACAUCUAUCUCGAUGGCUCUGUCUUGGUGACUCAUGGUGGCUGUGAACUGGGACAAGGUCUGAACACCAGAAUGAUUCAGAUGGCUAGUCACAAACUCAACAUCCCCCAGUCAUACAUACACCUGUCCGAAACAAGCACCGUCAUGGUGCCCAAUGCCGUCUUAACAGCAGGAUCAGUGGGGACAGACAUCAAUGGAAAGGCUGUGCAGAAUGUCUGCCAAACUCUUAUGGCUCGUCUUCAUCCCAUCAUCAGGAAAAACCCUAAAGGAAAAUGGGAGGAUUGGAUUGCAAAAGCCUUUGAAAAAUCCAUCAGUCUCUCAGCUACCGGAUAUUCCAAGGGCUACCAGACAAAUAUGGACUGGGAAAAGGAGGAGGGUAAUGCUUUCCCGUAUUAUGUUUGUGGAGCAGCCUGUUCUGAGGUUGAAGUCGACUAUCUCCCGGGGGCUCAUAAGCUUUGUAGGACCAACAUCAUCAUGAAUGCUGCUUUCAGCAUAAACUCAGCCCUGGAUAUUGGACAGAUUGAGGGAGCAUUUAUUCAAGGCAUGGGAUUCUGUACCACAGAAGAACUGAAAUGCUCCCCAGAAGGUGUGCUUUAUUCUCGGAGUUCAGAUGACUACAAAAUCCCCACUGUCACUGAGAUACCAGAAGAGUACUGUGUCACUUUGGUGUGUUCCCGAAAUCCCAUAGCCGUCUACUCAUCCAAGGGAUUAGGUGAGGCUGGAAUGUUCUUGGGGUCCUCCAUGUUGUUUGCCAUAUACGACGCAGUGGCUGCUGCCCACAGAGAGAGGGGGCUGACCAAGACCUUCGUCCUGAGUAGCCCAGCAACCCCUGAAUUGAUUUGGAUGACUUGUGUGGAUCAGUUCACUGACAUAAUUCCCAGAGAUGACCCUUCAAUAUUUACACCUUGGCCCGUCUGUGUUUCUUAA